GUACCUUGGACCGUGUGGUCCGCGGUUGCAUUCGUCCUCAGCAUCAGCGUGCCCAUGGCGACCUCCAUCGGUGUGAGCUCCAAGCUGAAGUGUGCAGAUGACGACGCCCAAAUUAUUGCGCUGGCAAGCGGCAUCGGCGUCAGCAUCAGUGGUUGUGCUGAGGUGCAGCCUUACUGCGAGAACUCGAAGUAUGGCAGCACUGUGCAGGCGACCUGCCCUGCAACGUGUGGCCUCUGCAAGGUGGCCAGGCCCAGCAGCUCCCAGGCGGCGAAGGUGCUAAUGGACAGCUCCAGGGGCUCCCGGGACGCGGAUGAUCAGCAGUCUCUGGACAGGUCUUUGGCGGCGAAAGGGCCCGACCCGACGCCGAGACCGACGCCGUGGCCGACGCCGUG